GCGGCGGGCGGGCGACACGCGUACACAUCCACGUCAGUGUUUAGGUGUUUUAGUUUACAUUUUUUUUCGCCCGAGAGGUUGAGGGACGUACGGGGCACGCGACAAGUCAAAGUCAACAUAACCUCGCGAAAUCUCGACAGAAACUUACGCCGACUUACGGGUCGUUGAAAGCCUCAGUUUCCUCAAAUUUUUUUAGUCCAUUCGCGUUUAAAUCUCACGUAUGACAGCUCAAAGAUACUCUUGACGGUAAAAAAAGUUCGUAACGCCGCGAAGAUGUUCCUGAUUAUUUCCCUUCUACUCUGUACCCUCGGACAUCGAUACGUCGAUGCACAAGGUCAGCGAAUCGCUCCGGGUGUUCCCCCGCAGCAUUAUCAACAGCAGUAUGAUCCUCAGCAACAAAUGCAUCAGCAGGUUCCCCAGCAACAGCAGGUUCAUCAGCAACAGCAGAUGCAUCAGCAACAGCAGAUGCAUCAGCAACAACAGAUGCAUCAACAGCAACAACAACAACAACAACAACAGUUUCAGCAGCAAAUACCUGUGCAACAUGUUCCACAACAUCAACAACAACAGUUCCAACAACCACAACAGCAACAACCGCCUCCGAUGCAACAGCAGGUCCCAAUACAAGGUCAUCAACAAGGAGGACACAAUCACGAUCAUGCAAGGAAUCCUCAACAGUUACUCAACACUGCGAACUUGGAACAUGAGAAAGCUCACAUAGCUGAGCAUAUGGAUGUUCCGAUAGACACGAGCAAAAUGUCUGACCAAGAAUUACAGUUUCAUUAUUUCAAAAUGCACGACGCUGACAACAACAAUAAACUGGACGGAUGCGAACUUAUCAAAUCGCUUAUUCAUUGGCACGCGGAACAAGGGGUCACUGAUCGCACCAAGAAGGAAGAGGAAAAAAUAUUCUCCGACGAAGAGCUAAUUGCACUGAUCGAUCCGAUACUCAACAUGGAUGAUGUGGAUAAAGACGGUUUCAUCGACUAUCCUGAGUUUAUACAAGCCCAACAAAAAUCAGCAUCCACGGAAAAUCAUUAGUUAUAAUUAGUCAAUUAAUUGAAGCGAAUAAUAUUGAAAUUCUACUUUCUUCCACGAGCAUGGGAUUGACGAGACAAACUGUAAAAAAAUGGGGGAAUAAUGAAUUUAUCGUAUUCAUUGAAACGCUAAUUUUGCUGGUGCAAAAUUUUUCAUUCCAUUCGAAUCAUUCAAUUAACAGCAAUUUAUACAUAUUGAUAUAUAUAUAUACGUUUGUUUUUUAAAAAAACUAUAUAUAUAUAGAUUUAUGUAAGUUUCAAUUUUUUAUGAAAUAUUUUGUUAAAUAAAUUGUACAAUGUAUACAAUCAUUUUAA